GGGCCGGAAAGUUUGUCCCGCGGCGGCGGCGGCGUUGGGGACUCCGGCCCGGGGGAUGCGCGCCCGGCCCUCCAGCGCCCCCAGCACGCCGCGGAGUCCCGUUCGCCAUGGGCCGCCCCCCACCUGUCCUGACCUUGUGUGCCUCUGUGUCUUUGCUGGGUGGCCUGACCUUUGGUUAUGAACUGGCAGUCAUAUCAGGUGCCCUGCUGCCACUGCAGCUUGACUUUGGGCUAAGCUGCUUGGAGCAGGAGCUCCUGGUCGGCAGCCUGCUCCUGGGGGCUCUCCUUGCCUCCCUGGUCGGGGGCUUCCUCAUUGACUGCUAUGGCAGGAAACAAGCCAUCCUUGGGAGCAACUUGGUGCUGCUGGCAGGCAGCCUGAGCCUGGGCCUGGCUGGUUCCCUGGCCUGGCUGGUCCUGGGCCGCUCUGUGGUUGGCUUCGCCAUCUCCCUCUCCUCCAUGGCCUGCUGUAUCUACGUGUCAGAGCUGGUGGGGCCACGGCAGCGGGGAGUGCUGGUGUCCCUCUAUGAGGCAGGGAUCACCGUGGGCAUCCUGCUCUCCUAUGCCCUCAACUAUGCACUGGCUGGUGUCCCCUGGGGAUGGAGGCACAUGUUCGGCUGGGCCACUGCACCUGCUGUCCUGCAGUCCCUCAGCCUCCUUUUCCUCCCGGCUGAUGCAGAUGAGACUGCAGCACACAAGGACCUCAUCCCACUCCAGGGAGGUGAGACCCCCAGGCUGGGCCUGGGAAGGCCACGGUACUCCUUUUUGGACCUCUUCAGGACAAGGGAUAACAUGCGAGGCCGGACCACAGUGGGCCUGGGGCUGGUGCUCUUCCAGCAACUAACAGGGCAGCCCAACGUGCUGUCCUAUGCCUCCACCAUCUUCCUGUCCGUUGGCUUCCAUGGGGGAUCUUCAGCCGUGCUGGCCUCCGUGGGGCUUGGUGCAGUGAAGGUGGCAGCUACCCUGAUCGCCAUGGGGCUGGUGGACCGCGCAGGCCGCAGGGCUCUGUUGCUAGCUGGCUGUGCCUUCAUGGCCCUGUCGAUCAGUGGUAUAGGCCUUGUCAGCUUUGCCGUGCCCAUGGACUCAGGCCCAAGCUGCCUGGCUGUGCCCAAUGCCACCGGGCAGACAAGCUUCCCUGGAGACCCUCAUCUGCUGCAAGGCUCCUCUCUACCUCCCAUGCCAAAAACCAAUGAGGACCAAAGGGAGCCAAUCUUGUUCGCUGCUAAGAAAACCAAGCCCCAUCCCAGAUCUGGAGCAACCCCUCCUCAGCCGGCCCUGAGCUCUGCCUUCCCUGGGCCCCCUCUGCCCGCCCCAGGGCAUGCACUGCUGCGCUGGACUGCACUGCUCUGCCUGAUGGUCUUUGUCAGUGCCUUCUCCUUUGGGUUUGGGCCAGUGACCUGGCUUGUCCUCAGCGAGAUCUACCCUGUGGAGAUACGAGGAAGAGCCUUUGCCUUCUGUAACAGCUUCAACUGGGCGGCCAACCUCUUGAUCAGCCUCUCCUUCCUCGAUCUCAUUGGCACCAUCGGCUUGUCCUGGACCUUUCUGCUCUACGGACUGACCGCUGUCCUCGGCCUGGGCUUCAUCUAUGUAUUUGUUCCUGAAACAAAGGGCCAGUCGUUGGCAGAGAUAGACCAGCAGUUCCAAAAGAGACGGUUUGCCCUGAGCUUUGGCCACAGGCAGAACUCCACUGGCAUCCAGUACAGCCGCAUCGAGGUCUCUGCGGCCUCCUGAGGAAUCCUUCUUCCUGGAAAUUCUGGAACCAUGGCUUUGGCGACCAUCUCCAGCGUCCUGCUUCCUAGCCCCCAGAGCACAAGUUCCACCUUGUCAUUUGGGAGUGCCCCGUACCCCAAAGGAGGUCUUUUUUUUUGCUGGGGCAAAAAGGAUUAAAGUCUGAGAAUGUCCAACUUUUCAUUUUGAGUCUCAGGCCCUGAGGGUUUCUGAAGAUCUAGCUUUGUGCCUCAGUUUCCCCAUUGACUUGCACAUAUCUGCAGUAUUUAUAAUAAGAAUAUUUUAUGGA